AUGUCUGCAGAAAUACAACCAGCAGUAAUCCAUCAACCAGGCACCAAUGAUGGAUGGCACGGCGUGAUCAAAUCUGGCGGGGAAUUCGAACCGGAAGCGGGGCGAUAUCAUCUCUACAUUGGCCUUUUCUGUCCCUUUGCGCACCGAGCCAACCUUGUCCGUCAUAUCAAGGGCCUGCAGUCUGCCAUUGACGUGUCGAUAGUUCGAGCAUAUCCCAAAGGCGACUCCAAGGGCUGGCCUGGUUGGAAAUUUCCUGCCCAUGAACAAGAGUACGAGGGCGCGACAGUCGACAAGCUUUUCGGAAGUGAAUAUCUUCAUGGGGUCUACUUUAAGGAUGACGAAGAUUAUAAAGGAAGAUAUUCAGUCCCCUUAUUAUGGGAUAAGAAGACCAAUAGGAUUGUCAACAAUGAGAGUGCAGAAAUACUGAGGUGGUUGCCCACGGCAUUCAAUGGCACCCCAGUCAUCUCUUCGGAAUCGGCAGCGAUUGAUUUCUACCCUGAGCCCCUCCGCAAUGAGAUAGACUCUUUGUCCGAAUGGAUUCAGCGAGACGUAAACGCAGGUGUCUACAAGGUUGGAUUUGCUACCACACAAGAAGACUACGAUAAAGCGGUAAUACCUGUCUUUGGUGCUCUCAAUGUACUUGAGAAACUCAUCUACAAAAAAGGUGGCCCAUAUGUGUUGGGUGCACAUCUCACAGAACUAGAUAUACGACUAUAUGCGACGUUAAUUCGAUUUGAUACAGUGUAUGUUCAGCACUUUAAGUGUAACCUUGGGACGAUACGCCAUGACUAUCCAGUGCUUAAUGCAUGGUUGACGCAUUUGUACUGGAAAGUGCCGGGGUUCAAGGAGACCACUGAUUUUAAGCACAUCAAAGAGAAUUAUACAAAAAGCCACUACGAAAUUAACCCUAAGGCUAUCACGCCGCGAGGCCCUUUCCCCGAUGUCGAGGACUACGUACCAGAGAAGCCAACGAAAUACGGAAGAGUGAAGUUGCAGGAGGUAUUAGAAUACGAGAAGAAAUUAGAAAGCGAAGUAUUUGGUAAACAGAAGCUUUAA